UGCCUUAGAACAUCUCCGCGACUGCUUUGUGCAGCAACACAGCAGAAAAAUACUGGCCAGAACUUGGAAGAGGACCAGAGUCAGAGCCAAAAUGAGCAGAAGGUGGAAUCCAGCUCUGCUGAGAAACUGCUAGCUGAAGAAAAGGCCAAACUGGAGGAACAACUAAAAGAUGUUACCGACAAGUACAAGCGUGCCUUGGCAGAUGCAGAAAAUGUGAGGCAAAGAAGCCAGAAACUGGUAGAAGAAGCAAAGUUAUACGGGAUCCAGAGCUUCUGUAAGGACUUACUAGAAGUUGCAGACAUUUUGGAGAAAGCAACAGAAAGCGUUCCAAAAGAAGAAAUCAAGGAUGACAAUCCUCACUUGAAGAGCUUAUACGAAGGUCUUGUCAUGACAGAAAUGCAGAUUCAGAAAGUGUUUAAAAAGCAUGGGCUGAUCAGAGUGGACCCUGUGGGAGCCAAGUUCGAUCCCUACGAGCACGAGGCGCUGUUCCACGCUCCCGUGGAGGGGCAGGAGCCGGGCACCAUCGCGCUGGUGUCCAAGAUCGGCUACAAGCUGCACGGGCGCACGCUGCGGCCCGCCCUGGUGGGCGUGGUGAAAGACGCUUAGCGCUCCGGCUGGAGCCUCACAUGCCAUACAACUAUUAAACAGCUGGAUGGUUUCUCUCUCACACCAUGCUUCCCUCGUUCCUCUGCUCCCUGAGAGCUUUAAAUGAGUUGGUUGAGGUCUCCCAUUGAAAAUUAAGUAACUGAUGAAAUUCUCCUGCUUAGUGGCCUUCAACAUCACUGUUCCAUAAGCUCUUCUUUGGUGUGAACUACAAGAGCCAUUAAGCCCUCUGAUGCUUUAGAUAAGAUAAUGUUUUUUAAACUGUUGCUCCUGAGAAAGUGUAUUAAAUUGGAAAGAAUGAAAUGCUCGCAAGAAUGUUGCAAUUUCAAGUUUAUCAGUGUGUGUAGAUUGAAAAUGCAGAUAGUGGUUCAGACACUUCCUUUGGUUUUGUAGAAUCUCACACUGCAGAAGUGGGUGAUGUGGUACAAAUAACCUGCUCUCUGCAGGCACCCAUCAGCUUUUACACACUGAUGUGAUAAAUGCCCUCUUUUGUCUAUUCAGAAAUAAUCUCUCUGAACAACUGAAACCUGUGUGAAUUCUGAACUGUAAAUAAAUGGCAAUGGAGAUUAGAUUUA